GGGGGCGGGCCCAGGCCGGGCACCGCCGGGGGAGGAGUCACAGCUGCGUCUCUCACUUUCGCUUCCGCUAGCCCUGCGGCGGAGGCGGAGGAGCUGGACGAGGAACAGUCCAGAGCCCCCGACUUGUUCUCGCUGCCUCUGCAGCCGCCGCCGGGGGUCUGGCGCUGCCCAAAACCUUCGGGCACUGGGCUUGGCCGUCGCCAGCAGAACAUGGCGCCCUGGACGCUGUGGCGCUGCUGCCAGCGCAUCGUGGGCUGGGUACCAGUGCUCUUCAUCACCUUCGUGGUCGUCUGGUCCUACUACGCGUACGUGGUGGAGCUGUGCAUAUUUACUAUUUCUGGAAAUGAAGAAAACGGAAAGACCGUUGUUUACCUUGUGGCUUUCCAUCUGUUCUUUGUUAUGUUUGUAUGGUCCUAUUGGAUGACAAUUUUCACAUCUCCCGCUUCCCCCUCCAAAGAGUUCUACUUGUCGAAUUCUGAAAAGGAACGCUACGAAAAGGAAUUCAGUCAAGAAAGACAACAAGAAAUUUUGAGAAGAGCAGCAAGAGCCUUACCUAUCUAUACCACAUCAACUUCAAGAACUAUCAGAUACUGUGAAAAAUGUCAGUUGAUUAAACCUGAUCGGGCACAUCAUUGCUCAGCAUGUGACACAUGUGUUCUUAAGAUGGAUCAUCACUGUCCUUGGGUGAAUAACUGUGUGGGAUUUUCUAAUUACAAAUUCUUCCUGCUGUUUUUAUUAUAUUCCUUAUUAUAUUGCCUUUUCGUGGCAGUAACAGUAUUAGAGUACUUUAUAAAAUUUUGGACGCUUUGCCGCAGGAAAUCUACAGAGAAUUGUCCAAAGAAUGAACUGGCAAAUACACGUGCAAAAUUCCACGUACUUUUUCUUUUCUUUGUGUCUGCAAUGUUCUUCAUCAGCGUCCUCUCACUCUUCAGCUACCACUGCUGGUUAGUUGGAAAAAAUAGAACAACAAUAGAAUCAUUCCGUGCACCCACAUUUGCAUAUGGACCUGAUGGAAAUGGUUUCUCUCUUGGAUGCAGUAAAAAUUGGAGACAAGUCUUUGGUGAUGAAAAGAAAUAUUGGCUACUUCCAGUAUUUUCAAGCUUGGGUGAUGGUUGCAGUUUUCCAACCCGCCUUGUUGGAUUGGACCCAGACCAAGUUUCUGUUGCAAACCAAAAUGAGUAUGCCAGAAGUAUUGGCUCAAAUCAACCUUUUCCUAUCAAACCACUUAGUGAAUCAAAAAACCGCUUGUUGGACAGUGAAUCUCAGUGGCUGGAGAAUGGAGCUGAAGAAGGCAUUGGCAGAUCAGGGACAAAUAACCAUGUUACAGUGGCAAUAGAAAAUUGAGUACCACUUGUUCAUAACUAACCAUUUGAAUAAGAGCAAGGUAUAUAAAAACAUAAUAUUGACUGACAUUUUCGAUUUCACUUGCAAGAAAAUAAUCAAUGGAUCGAAAUGAUUGAAUUAUAACAGAAGAUAUAUUUUUUAAAAAAGGAAGCCUUUGUAUAGUUUGCUGAAUUCACAGAAGCACUACUCCAGAGCAGAACGAUGCCUUAAUCUUAAAUGUCCAUUUGUACAACAUUGAUUUACACCUAUAAAGUAACUUAAUUUUACUCUGGAAAUAAUACUUACCUGUUAUGAGAUGCUAUAAUAUGAAUUAUCAUCACAUAUUAACACAGCAUAUGUAUUUUUUUCGAUACCUGAGUUACAUUAUUAGAAUUGUUUCUUAGUAUCCAUCUAAAUUUUCACUCCAAAAACACAAGGUAAAAGCUUGUCUUAAGUAAAGUACAUCUAGGGCAAAUGGUGGCUGAAAGUGAAUAAUAUCCAGAUUAUUGUUGCUUGUACUAUAUAAGGAAAAGAAAAUAACCACUUUUUAAAAUCGGGUAUUUGCUAAUUUAUAAUUACUAUUUGAUACUUUUCAACAUUUAUAAUAAAGUUUUUUUUAUUGUUGGCUAUAAAAUAACACUCAGAAGGAUUCAGAUAUCAAAAUAUAAUCAUUGAGAAUGUAGAAUGCAUUGUUAUAAUUCGUUGAAGGCUUAAUUAUAAGCUUUAAUACAACCAUGUAGUAUAUAGUGUAUGCCCAAGGCUUAAAGGACAUAUGGCAGUCUAAGAAAUAGUUUGACUUCUUUCUGCUUUUUAAUAACAUUUUUGUUAAUCUUUCAAGGGUAUAUACAUACGGGCAGGGAAACACAGUUACAUGGGCUGUAGAAAUAUUGGACACAGUAGGAAGUGCUGGGAGUGCCUAGAAGAAAAGCAAAGGGAAUAGAGAGGUAGGAUAUUGCAUAAGCAGUUAAAAAAUAUUUUGAGGCUCAGGGCCUGUGGCUCAGUGGUUAGGGUGCCAACCACAUACACCAGGGCUGGUGGGUUUAGCCUGGGCCUGCUAAACAACAAUAAAAAAAAAUAGCCAGGCAUCGUGGCAGGCACCUGUAGUCCCAGCUACUCCAGAGGCUGAGGCAAAAGAAUCACUUAAGCCCAAGAGUUUGAGGUUGCUACGAGCUGUGAUGCCACAGCACUCUACCAAGGGCAACAUAUACUGUGGCUCAAAAAAUAUAUAUUUUGAGUCCUAAAGGUAUUAGAAUAAAACAUGUUGAGUUAGCUUUCAAAUUUCAUUUGUUGAUGACUAAAAAUUACAUUGAAACUUUUUACAGUAAUCUAUAGCAGCUUAAGCAGUGACUGAAAAUACAGUUCAUGGCUCGGCACUUGUGGCUGAAGCGGUUAAGGCGCCAGCCACAUACAUCUGAGCUGGUGGGUUCGAAUCCAGCCUGGGCCCGCCAAAUAACAAUGACGGCUGCAACCAAAAAGAAUAGCCGGGUGUUGUGACGGGCGCCUGUAGUCCCAGCUACUUGGGAGGCAGAGGCAGGAGAAUCACUUGAGCCCAGGAGUUGGAGGUUGCUGUGAGCUGUGAUGUCACAGCUGUGAUGUCAUGGCACUAUAGCCAGAGACAACUUAACGCUCUGUCUCACAAAAAAAAAAAGAAAGAAAAGAAAAUACAGUUCAAACUAAGCAAAAAACUAUUUAAUAGAACAUGGCUCUCAGGAAGAAAUGCUAACCUGAGUAGUCAUUUUAAAUUCCCCAGUCUCUGAAAAGCAGAAGGUUCUGUUUUUCAAUGCAUUACAUUAAAUCUGACUUCAUAUGUAGUAACAGCAACUCCUUUCUGACAAGACUCAUUUCUCCUUUUUUUAAAAAUUUUUUUAUUUCUCCUUUUUCCUUUUAAAAUCUAACCUACUUGACAAAUUCUGCAUUAAUUUAAAGAAAAGAACAGUAGCCUAUAAAUAGUGUAGAAAUGUUACUCUUCAUUUAUACUGUUUAAUUAAACACACGCAGACACACAAACACACUGGAAUGGUUAAUUGCUUCCAGUAGGUAGGCAGAGCUAAAUUCUUACCAGCAUUUAGGUUACAGUCUCCUUAUAUGUAAAAUGGGAUUGCAUUGGAGGGAUGUUAAGAAUAAGUUGGACUUGAUGACUUCUAACAUUUUGUGAUGCCCAAUUUUGCAAAAUGACCCUACUUUUCAUUCACCCAACAAUUUUUUUAGAGUAUUUUCUAUAGUACUUUCUAUAGUCCAGACAAUAUACUAGGGAUAACCUCUGUCAUUUCCUUAUGUAACAAAUUUCAUAGUUGCUAUUGUGGGUUUAUAAUUUGUAAGAUUUGUCUAAUUUCCACUGGCUAUCCUAAUGCUGGAUUUUAAAAGGAAGAAACUUUUUUCCCCUUUGAAAUAAACUUUUUCCCCUUUGAAAACAUAGUUUGGAGGCAGCACCUGUGGCUCAGUGGGUAGGGCACUGGCCUGCCCCAGCCAAACUGCAACAAAAAAAUAGCCGGGCGUUAUGGCAGGCGCCUAUAGUCCCAGCUACUUGGGAGGCUGAGGCAAGAGAAUCGCCUAAGCCCAGGAGUUGGAGUUUGCUGUGAGCUGUGACACCACGGCAUUCUACUAAAGGCGAUAAAGUGAAAUAAAAGUAAAAAAAGAAAACAUAGUCUGGAAUACUAUAGUGUGGAUUCUUUUGCCUUCAUUUCAAUUUAUCUUAAUCUUGAUUCUGUGAAACUAGAAUGAAAGUUAAGAGAUAUCAAUUACCAACCAAAAACAUAACUUCACUUUGACAGUUUGUGUAUUAUAAGGAAAUACUAACUGUUUAAACAUACUACUUUCAGAAAUAUUCUCCUGGUACUUUUUGUGAUUAUUUCUACAUUUUGAUCAAAAGAUUUGCAUGUGCUGGCUACCAACUGAAGAAACAGUUUUCCUGUUCAGGCACUCUUGUGGUAUUGAAAUCUUUCUCAAUUCUUUUAAUCUCUGUUAUUUAACCUCUUUAAUAGCAUAGUAAACACCUUUUCAGAAAUUUUCAGUUAAAGCUUUUUAAUUAGUUAUCUUUGAUUUCAUUUAUGGCCAAUAUUUUAUUAAUUCUAAUUAUUAUUUAGCUGAAUUCAUACAUGUUACUGACCAUUCAGCAAGGGCCUACAUGUGGUAUGUGUACCUGCCGGGAAGGCUGCCUCUUUGGUAUUUCAACUGGUAUUAUUGCUAUCAACUAUUUGGGGAGAAAAGGUCAAAAUGAAAAUGAAACUAUCUUUAGUCCUUCAAACAGUUGAAUAUUUAUGGAAACACUUAAGGAGAAUAAAGUUGAAUUUCAGGUCUUGCCAUUGCCAUUAAAAACAAAUUAGAUAGGAGACCUGGUUUACCGAGGUAUAAAUUUACUUGAAUAUUCACUACCUAAGACUAUGCCAAACCAAAGAGCAGCUACAGUCUAUUAGCUAUUAAAAAUGAACAUGUUUACAAAGUUUAGUUUCAUCUUUACAUAGGAUGAUAUUUUAAAAACUUUUUACAUACUUGGUAGUAUGAUCCAGUGUGUCAUAAGUGAGUUUAACCGUCAGGUUUGUUUAAGUCAAAUAUGUAAUGUUUACGUGAAUUUUAUUUCUAUUAGAAAGCAGAUUUUUGACUAUGUUUACAGGAUUGUUCAAAGAUUAUCAGACGUGAGAUCUCCAUUCAGUUGUCUUUAAGGCAAAUGUAUAUCAAGGGCUUAGGGUUUGGUUCUGCAUAUUUUGGGCAUUGAAUAGAUAGUAACUUACAUGUAAGUUUUGCUCACAAAAUUUUGCUAGGGACUAGCACUGCUACCAAUGGAAAUUAUUUUUAGCUAUUCUGUUAUUAAGAAAUUAAUCAUAUUUUUACAUUUCAGCCAAAUAAAGACCAUGUCUAAUGUUAGAUACAUAUAAUAUGUAAAUCUGAAAUUCAUAUGUUUCAUAUGAACUAAACUGUAUUUUCCAAUUUAACUUAAAAAUGUAAUGUAGAUUCAGAAAGGUUUGUAUUUUUCUAAUGACUUCAUUCUAUAUUGUUAGGUUGCAUAUUUGGAUGGAAUUGUAUUUGUUAAUUAAAGAGUAUUAAUAGAUAUGAAAGUUGUUAGUCCAGUUUUUGUUAUAUUUGUACAUGAUUGCAGAUGAGUCUAUGCCUAUUUAAAAGAAAAGAUGGACACUUUUAAAAUGAUCUUUAAUACACUUUUAUAUAAACAUAUUUGAAGUACAGUUUACUUUGGUUGUCUUUACUUAACGAGUACCGGGGCCUUGUUAUUUGUUCUUAUUUGUAUCAUCCUAAAACAUGACUUAAUGUUGACUCUUUGCUUUGUCUUUUGGAUGGCCUAACCUACGUUAACAUGUGUGCAGAACAUUUUAAAACUUUUUUUUCAAAAAUCAUAAUGAAUUACUUAAUAAAUAAAUAUAAAGUCU